AUGAUGCAGCUUAUUGAUAUCUCAGGUUAAUUAUUUGCGAAAAACGACAUCUACAACCAUCUUAGAUAAAGUGCAGUUGAGGUUUCAUGUUGCGUUACAGAUAAUAUAAUUCUAUACGCAGCGUCGCGAACUUGUAUCUGUGUUACAAAAGUUUAUCAAACAAUAGAUAGAUGGCGUUCGAUAAAGUUUUGUUUGAAGUAGAAGUAAUUCGUUUUAUGUGUUUUUAGUAAUUGUUAUGAAAGAAAAUAAGUAUUUAAAAUGAUGGUCAACAACAACGUAUGCGUAUUUUAACCAUAUUUUUAUUUAUAUGUUUUAAUUUAUUUCUUACUAACUCUUAUCUAGGUCAGUCAAUUCGUUCAAGUAUGUAUAUUUGUUGUCUUUAUAGUUCCAUACUGUGCUGACUUAUAAAAGUAACUUUAUUAUAUUUUACAAUUCUUCAUAACACAUACUGAUUUAGCAAAUGUAUUUGGUACAAUUGUGUCCUAAAAUAGGGCAAGUUGGCAUGAGAUUUACUCUGACUAGCGUAUUUUGACGCCAGACAGGCGGGAGCCACCCUCGAAUCCCGCACCGCGUCAGUUCUAUUGAGUAUACUGGCCAGUAUCAGAUACGGGGCGGGAACGCGAACUUCGAACCGCGUGUGCCAUAUUAAAACAGUAUACCUCAAACAGUGCUAUAUUACAAUGAUAAUUAAAUUACAAAUAAUAUCUUUGUUCUGUCUAAUAAGUGUUAUAGAAACAAAAGUAUCAGUUAACAAAACAAACACCGACACCAUUCGAAAAUCGUUAGAAGAACAUCAAGAUCGCUUGUUGGUAAAUAAAAGUAAAAUCAAAAAUGCCCCGCUCAGUAUAGCCAACGUUACAAAGGUUAAAGUUAAAUCAACGCUUUUGAGAAAACCGCCUGAUAAAUUGAAAGUUAUUACUCGAGAACAAAUAAGGGAUUGGGCUAAGGAAAUACAAGACCGAUUAUUUGAAAUAGAAGAAAAAGUAGUGCGUAGGCAUGUGUUAUCUAAAAGUUUUUCGGAGUUCAAUGUCGAAAUACGUAAUGGAUCUGCAAUAUUGGAAAAAGCGAGCAAAGAUUUAGAAGAUUUUUUGGAAAAACGAGGACAAGCUGCUGAAGCUAUUAUGCGUCGAGCAGAAGAACUUUCAAGUCAUAUUUUAAAAAAUAAAAUUGAAGCACCUACUAACUAUACAUUUGAUUACAGUGUUGAUUUAGAUGUUUUAAAGAAAGCUGAACCAACUGAAAGUGAAUGGGAAUUGCCCUCAACGUGUAAAAGUGUUAACAAAGUUAAACUUCAUAAAAGCUUUCAUUUUAACGCCGAGGUAUCUUUGGAAGCUAGCAGUGUUCAUGUUGUUCCAGAGGUAUUUGCUUGUAGUCCUGGAGUGUUACAACAUUUAUAUUGGUCUGAAGGGCUUUUAUCUACCUUUCGGGAGAAUUAUGCCCAUGAUAGUACGCUUGACUUUCAAUAUUUAUGCAGUGCUAAAGGAUUUUUAAGACAUUACCCGGCUGCAUUAUGGCAAAGUUUAUAUAAUCUCAACGUUGAAGCAGAAGAUGUUUAUGAUUGUCGAUUGAGGCCAUGGUACGUUAGUGCUGGUGGUGCACCUCGUGAUAUUUUGAUUUUGUUAGAUUCUUCUGGCUCUAUGCACAACUCGUCGAAUAAAGUUAUUGCACGGCAAUUAAUAUCCACUCUUCUUAAUGCUCUUACGGAUGAUGAUCACGUAAAUGUAUUACGAUAUAACGUUGAAAUAGAAUCUCCUAUAAGUUGCUUCAAUGAAAAGCUUGUUCCUGCAAAUUACGUUAAUUCGGCAGCUAUUAUGGCUGCUCUCAUGCCAAAGAAAAUGAAAAAUGAAUCAUUAAUUGGAGACGUACUUGCAUACUCCGUAAACUUACUAAAGAAACAGCGAACAUUAGAUAGACCUCCUUCAUGUCAGCAAGCAAUCGUUAUGGUUACGGACAGCUUGUGUAUAAAUUAUACUACUUUAAUGCGUCAACUUGAUCCCGAUGGAAAAAUUAGACUUUUUGUCAUGUGGCUGCAUGAUCAAUUUGGUCUGCGAGACAACACUCGUUUGUAUGGAGGCGAAUUAAGUUGCGAGCGCGAUGGCUAUUUUGCAGAAUUAAUAUCAGACUAUGAUGUAACGGAGCAGGUGAUGAGAAUAUUACGUGUACUGGAACGUCCAUUGGUCGGUCAGAGAAAACAUAGGCUCAGAGUUUAUAGCGAUAUUUAUGCUCAUAUUGAAGACCCUAGACGUGGUGAAUUCCACUGGCAACAAAAAGAGAACACUGAACAAGUAUAUCGUUAUAGAGAGCUCCGAAAAAAUAAAGAUAAAUUUCUCAAAAACGUCUAUAAAGAUUAUCAACGUAUGGAUACAUUGGAGAGGUAUGGACAAUAUUACGAAAUGGAAGAUAUGAAUUAUAGAUUGCAAAUAAGUGUUUCUGUUCCAGUUUUUGAAAGUACAACCGUUGAAAAUAUUACAGUUACAUUAGAUGAAGAAAAACAAAGAAAUUCUACUAGAACUUAUCCGGUGAAUAGACUAUUAGGAGUAGCUGGGGUUGAUAUUCCUCUUGAUCAUUUAAAAUUAGUAUUGCCUUAUUAUCUCACAGGGGCAAGUGGAUCUUUGUUCAUUUUAGAUCACAGGGGGAAUAUCGUUCUACACAAUAAUACUAAGCCUGUUUUUGAUGGUGACAUAUUAAGACCAGGAUAUCGUACAGUUGAUUUCCUGGAUGUUGAACAACCAGGAGUGGAUCAUUCACCAAGAGACUAUCCUCAAGAUUGGCUGGACUUUCGAAAAGCUAUUGUAAAUGAUGAACCUUCAGGGUUUAGAACAAUGUAUGCUAAAAGUAUAUUUGAAGGUGGAAUGAGAGUUCUUCUGGAGAUGAGAGACUAUUAUUGGAAACGAAUUCACAAUCAUUACACACUCGUCGUAUCUUUGCCUAAAUACAAUCUUCUUCAUGCUGUCCCUGACGGAGAGUUCACGCAGCAACUCGGAGAGGAAGCCUUAAAAGCUCUAUCCGGUACAGAUUUUGCGAUUCACCCGGAAUGGUUGUAUUGUAGACAUGUUGAUCCCCAUUUUGACUCUCGUGAGUUGGAGUUGCUUCAUUUUCUUAGACGUCGUCGUGAUGAACCGAAUUUUGCAAUGCAAAAAUUAAAACACUUAUUUUCUCCAAUAACUCCAACUUUGCUUGAAAAAACUUACCAGUGUAAUGAUAAAUUAAUGACAAGUUUAAGUAAAGAAGCAAUAGCUACUUUAAAAUGGGCAUUGGAACAUGAAGAUCCUGAUACCGAAAGGGAAUGUUCCUCUUGUCUACUUGGGUCCAAUACAGCGUUCUUUGCUUCCGAGAGCGGUUUAACACGUUGGCAACUGUACCAUGCAACAAGUGCGCAUGCAGAUCCACCAGAGGGUUACGUAUGGCCACUUGGUCCUUCAGAAGCAUGGUAUCGUAGAGCUAGUGCUCAGCCUGAUACUCUAAUUGUACAUGCGCCGAUACCACCUGUAAGAGUUCUACGCAAUACUGAAGGCAUAUUACCUCCCUUAGGCCCGCGUUGGCAAUGGUUAACGGCUGCAAGAACACUAGGACAUCCCACUAAACAGGGCAUUAUAGGAGUAGCAGGAUAUCACUUUUAUCCCAAACAUCUAGAUGAUUUGCUUGAAUUAGUCACUAAUUUCCCAUGCGCUUUGGAUGAUGAAUCAAAGUGUGAACCUCGAUGUGAUAAUAAAAACUGGACUUGUGUGAUUAUUGAUGAUGCGGGAUGGAUUAUUGCAGAUCAAGGGGAAGAAGAUGCAAUGAAUAAACAUCUCGCUAAUGAAUAUCCCGCUGCAAUGCAAGCUUUAUUGAAUGCAAGUGUUUUUAAAGUUCGCUGGGUACAUGAUUAUCAAGGAGUGUGUUUUCCACCGAAAGAUGAACCUUUAUACGCAGCAGCACCUAGAUUACCUUCGAUAAUAAUGUCCGUAUGGAACUCGUUGCAACUUUUAAUGUAUAGUUCUCGUGAACUGUUUACUUUGUUAACUUUAUCAAUGACUAACAGUAAAGUAAACUGUGAUACAGAAGUAGAAAAGCUAAAACGUCGUCGCCGUUUGCGUCGGGAUUUCGAGAGAGAAAAAUUUGAGCGGCUGCACGACGACCGCGUCAUUAUCAAUAGAACGAGAUUUGCAGCAUGUGAUAGGACUAGGCCACUUUAUGAAUUGCAGCGGAAUAAAAAAGCAAUGGAGGCAUUAAAUCGACCAGCAAAGCCGUGUCAGUGGCCGUUGGUAGCGACUGAAGUCCCCCGAACCAAUCUUAUUCUCAUGGCAAUUUACAAACACUGUCCCUAUAACGGUAAACCGCUGAACAAUUCUCUUUACAAUGAGCCAGUGCAAAUGCCGCACGACAGUAAGAUACUGGGGUCAGCAAGUCGACUUGCUUGUUGGCGGAACCAGGUUCCUCUGCUUGGUCGUGCUCCUCACACCAUCUGUUAUGAACAUAAUUAUUCUUUUGAGGAGGGCUACAGACAAUGUGGGCCGUGGCUGCCGGAUCCAGAGGAAAGUAAUGGAAGUACCAUUGAUCCUACGAAAUUAAUAUUAUCUUUUUUGUUAGCUCUCCAUAUAAUUGUCAAUGUAUAAAAUCUCAUAAUCAACAGAUUGAAUUAAAUAAUAUGAGUUGUAUUUAGUAGCAAGAAAUUGUAUUAAAAUCAUUGACAUCUACGGACUAUGAAUAAUUUAAGAUCUUUGUCAUUGUUUCAAUAAUUUUAAAACUUUCUUAUUUAUUUCAGAUCAUUUAUUACACGUAUAUUUCGAAUGAUAGUAUUGAUCAAGUCCUUGACUGGAAUGCACUAUUACAAGUUUGUUGAAGAAUCAUAAUAAUAAUACAUACCUAACGUAAAGUAAAUUGAUCUUCAGAGGUAAAUUAUAAAUUAUAUUGAACUAUGAAAUAUAUAAUGUACAAUUAUUGUGCCUCUUCGAAUAAGAAAAACGAAAUACAGUAUAUUGUUAUAUGAAAUAAAUUGUUUUAUUUAUUUAGGUUCAAAGUUCCAUUAUUUUUUUAGAAACGGAUAUGUUUUUUACAAUUCUAAGUUAGUUACACAUUUUAAAAGUAACACAUUUAAAUAAUGAAGCUGUAUUAUUAUUUUUCCUUAAGUUUGACACAUGCUGUGGCGCAGUACAAUUAUUUUCGACAGUACGUUAAAUUGAAUAUCGUGGGAGAUAGAUUACCUUGCUGAUUUAAGUACUUUGUAUGUAAAUACAUAUUAUAAGCAUCAUAGAUAAAAUAAAGCAUUGAUAA